AUGAAGUGCUACUACUGCCUUGAUGCGGGCUUGGACGUCGAUCAGAAUGACAAUCCGUACUGUGUGGAAAAUCACAAAGAGACUGUAGCUGUAUUGGGACUUGGCCGAAGGUGUAGGUGUGACAUUGAACCACAGUAUCGUUUGCCAUUCGAGUCCCGUCGAGUACAGCUAUUGAAAGGCGGCAAGCCCAUCCUUCCAGGUGUUAGCCGCGAAGUCACAGUACUAAAAAAGGUGCGGAGCGGUUUCAAACACACCGCAGUCGUGAUGACAAAAGCACUGGACUCCUUGAAGAUGUUAAAGACGGUAGCCGAGGUAGUACGUGCUUCCCUAUCUUGUUGUCUCGACUCCACAUUGAUUGAGCAGGACCUCUUUGUACACCAAGGCGGGAAAGCGGUGUCGAAGACCCAUGCAUCAAAUGCCGCAAAAGUGCCAGUAGCUCCUCAUGGCUGA